UUGUCUUGCCUGUUUUCGGAUUUCGGCGCGCAAGAUUGGUGACCGUUGGAUGGUGGACUAUUUCUUCCCUUGAUAAUGAUGUAAUAGUGCUGGAAGGUCUGUAGGUGACAGCAACAAGCCUGACAAGUGCAAGGUCCAAUUCAACAACUCUGUGUGUUUGUUGAAAACCGCACCAAAGGAUUUCUCUAGAUCUGGGUCAUCGGACUGGGAAUCAACGUAGUUUGCCAGACACCGAAAGCGAUAGUUUAAGUUCCAACAUGUCGACGGUGACCACGCGAAUUGGCACUCGCCGCUGUAUCACCUCGACCCUGGCAGCUGAAGUGCACAGAAAACGGGAGAUUCAGAAACCGUUUGAGUGCAGCGUUUGCUACAAAACAUUUUCCGAGUCCAGAAAUGUAAAAAGGCACCAUCGCACCCACACUGGAGAGAAGCCAUUUGAGUGCAGCGUGUGCAACAAAUCAUUUUCCCAGUCAGGUGACCUAAAAAGGCACCUUCACACGCACAAUGAAGAAAAGCCAUUUGAGUGCAGCGUUUGCAACAAAACCUUUGCCUCAUCCAGGGUGCUUAAACAGCAUAUCCGCACCCAUACUGGAGAAAAGCCAUUUGAGUGCAACGUGUGCAACAAAACAUUUUCCCAGUCAGGGAGUCUUGAAGUGCAUCUCCGCACCCACACUGGAGAGAAGCCAUUUGCAUGCAGCGUUUGCAACAAAACCUUUGCCACCUCCAGUGGCCUUAGAGAGCAUCUUGCCACCCACACUGGAGAAAAAACAUUUAAGUGCAGCAUUUGCAGGAAACCAUUUGCAACCUCCAGUGUUCUUAAACGGCAUCUCCGCACCCACACUGGAGAAAAGCCAUUUGAGUGCAGCGUGUGCAACAAAACGUUUUCCCAGUCAGGGAUUCUUAAAGUGCAUAUCCGCACCCACACUGGAGAAAAGCCAUUUGAGUGCAGCGUUUGCCACAAAACAUUUGCCACCUCCAGUGACCUUAAACUUCAUUGCCGGUACCACACUGGAGAAAAGCCAUUUGAGUGCAGUGUGUGCUACAAGACAUUUGUCCGUUCAGGGCAUCUUAAAGAGCACCUCGUUACCCACACUGGAAAAAAGUCAUUUGAGUGCAGCGUGUGCAACAAAACAUUUGCCACCCCUGGUCAGCUUAAACUGCAUCUCUACACACACACUGGUGGAAAGCCAUUUGAGUGCAGUGUGUGCAACAAGACAUAUGCCCAGUCAGCGUACCUGAAAGUGCAUCUCCGCACCCACACUGGAGAAAAGCCAUUUAAGUGCAGCGUUUGCAACAAAACCUUUGCCACCUCCAGUAAACUUAAACAGCAUUUCCUCACCCACACUGGAGAAAAGCCAUUUGAGUGCAACGUGUGCAACAAAACAUUUUCCCAGUCAGGGAGUCUUCAAGUGCAUCUCCGCACCCACACUGGAGAGAAGCCAUUUGCUUGCAUCAUUUGCAACAAAACAUUUUCCCAGUCAGGGGGGCUUCAACACACUGGAGAGAAGCCAUUUGCUUGCAUCAUUUGCAACAAAACAUUUUCCCAGUCAGGGGGGCUUCAAGUGCAUCUCCGCACCCACACUGGAAAGAAGCCACUUGCUUGCAGCGUUUGCAACAAAACCUUUUCCACCUUCAGUGUCCUUAAAGAGCAUCUCGGUACCCACACUGCUGAAAAACCAUUUGAGUGCAGUGUUUGCAACAAGACAUACGCCCGGUCAUGGCACCUUAAAGUGCAUUUCCGCACUCACACUGGAGAAAAGCCAUUUGAGUGCAGCGUGUGCAACAAAACAUUUGCCACCCCUGGUCAGCUUAAACUGCAUCUCUACACUCACACUGGAGGAAAGCCAUUUGAGUGCAGCGUUUGCAACAAAACAUUUGGCACCUCUAGUAAACUUAAACAGCAUCUCCGCACCCACACUGGAGAAAAGCCAUACGAGUGCAGCGUUUGCAACAAAACCGUUUCCUCCUCCAGUGAUCUAAAAGUGCAUCUCCGCACCCACACUGGAGAAAAGCCAUUUGAGUGCAGUGUCUGCAACAAGACAUAUGCAUCUCCGCACCCACACUGGAGAAAAGCCAUACGAGUGCAGCGUUUGCAACAAAACCGUUUCCUCCUCCAGUGA